AUGCAAGCCCUAAUUGGUGAGAUGCGCUCGAUAUUCCGCGAUGAUCAUGUCAACAUCGAAGACAUGGAGAAGACGUUGUUAUCGUAUAAGAGCGAUCCGCAGGACUGGUCCCAAUAUGCUAUAUUUGAUGAACGAAAUUACACACGAAAUCUUGUCGAUACCGGCAAUGGAAAGUACAAUAUGAUCGUUCUUUGUUGGGGACCAGGAAUGUGCACG